AAACUGUAUAGUUUUUGUACAGCAAAUGUUAACAGAGUUUCCGGUCAGGUGUCUAGAUUAUUUUCAAUAAGUUUUGGUUACGAUGCUAGAAGGCACAUGUUAUGUAGCUCCUGCCAUCCGUUUGUGUAAGUGUACAAAUGCGUGCAUAUAAAGUGUUCUUAAACACGUUUCGUGGUCAGGUGCUUAUUUAUUAAGUAAAGUUACCACAUAUUUUGGCGACGAGGUGAAUUUUUUUUUUCGCGCGGAGGGAGUGCUGGCAAGAUGACUACUUUCGGGACUGUGGGUGAAUUCGUGGAGGGAACCGAGGAUUGGACAGAGUACGAAGAAAGGUUAGGACACUUUUUCUCUGCAAAUGGAAUUUCUGAUGGAGACAGAAAGCGCUCCAUUCUCUUGAGUGCGUGCGGUGCUAAAACUUACAAGCUAAUACGGAAUUUAGCCACGCCGCGGAAACCGGGAGAGAUUCCUUACGACGACCUCGUCCAACUCGUGGCGAAUCACCACAAUCCGAAACCAUCUGUGAUAGUCCAGCGUUUCAAGUUCCACAGUCACUUCAGGAAGCAAUGUCAGUCUGUGGCUAACUUCGUGGCGGAGCUAAGGCAGUUGUCGGAGCACUGUGAUUUCGGAGCAGUGUUGGAUGACAUGCUUCGGGACAGACUUGUUUGCGGUAUUAAUAAUGAGGCUAUUCAAAGACGGUUGCUGGGAGAGACACCGCCAUUAACCUUCAAGAAGGCUUUUGAUAUUUCUCAGGGUAUGGAAAUGGCUGACAGUAAUGCAAAAGACAUUCAGAGGGGACAUGCGGUUUCACAGGCAGCAACGGUGCAUCAGGUCCGGAAAGAGACUGGUAAACAGCCUAAAAUCGUUGAAUGUUUUCGCUGUGGGGGGAAGCAUUAUGCAAACGAGUGCAAAUUCAAGGAGAGUGUUUGUCAUUCCUGCAAAAAAGUUGGACAUUUAGCUAAACAAUGUAAGACUUCUAAGUUUAAACGCAACCCUGGACAGAAAAGUGCAAAACAGUUUAGGGCAGCAACGAAUCAUUUGGAGAAUCAAGCUGAGGAAUCGGCAUGUGCCUACAAUAUGUAUGGAAUACGAAGUGGUGAUUUUCCUCCUGUACCUUAUUACGCCACUUUGGACGUAAACGGACAAGACAUUACUUUCGAGAUUGAUUCAGGGGCUUCUACAUCAGUCAUUAGUGAAGAUACCUACAAAAGCACUUGGAGGUCAGACCCUCCCACACUUAGACCUACAAAUUUGAACCUCAGGACAUAUACAGGGCAAUCCAUUCCACAUCUGGGGGAGUUGCACGUACACAUGUGUACUGGAGGUCAGAGAGCUGCUGUUAGAUUGGUGGUAGCUAAAGGUAGCGGUCCUAGCCUUUUGGGACGUGAUGUGCUUAGAAAACUUCAGUUAAAUUGGCAAGAAAUUAAAUUUGUACGCACUGUAGAGGACAUUCUGCAGAAAUACUCUGAUGUUUUUCGAGAUGAGCUGGGUACUUUAAAAGGGGUGACAGUAAAAUUGCAUGUUGACCCAAAUGCCACCCCACGAUUUUUCAAACCAAGGUCAGUGCCCUAUGCAAUGAAAAGCAAAGUGGAAGAAGAGCUAGAGAGGUUGCAGAGACUGGGCAUUAUAGAAACGGUACAAUUUUCCAAGUGGGCAGCACCUAUUGUUCCAGUUUUAAAACCAGACAAAACUGUGAGAAUAUGUGGGGAUUAUAAACUCACUGUAAAUCAAGUCUCAACCUUGGAUGAAUACCCACUGCCAAGAGUGGAAGACCUGUUUGCUACCCUGGCUGGAGUAUCGUCUCACGCCACAAUCCACUACAGCACGCUCACCAGCCGAGAUGCUCAUGGGACGCAGGCCCAAAUCAAGGUUGGAUUUGCUGCACCCUAACAUGGAAGCAAGGGUGGAGAGAAAACAAGAAAAGCAAAAGGAGAAAUUCAACCAGCAAGCACAUAAGAGAGAAUUUAAACCAGAGGAUAAAGUCUAU